AUGUCUCACCUGAACUGCCUUUUUGUUCCUAGCAAAGCUCAGAGUGGUGGUCUUGCUAUGAUUUGGACAAAGGAUACUUCCCUUGACGUCAUGACAUACAACCCACAUCAUAUUGAUGCCAUUGUCACUAAGCUUGGUUCCGGGUUUAAAUGGAGAGUCACCGGUUUUUAUGGUCAUUCGGAUAUGCACCACAAACAUGAAUCAUGGAAGCUUUUAACCUCCCUCCACCAUCAAUACCAGCUCCCUUGGCUCUGCCUGGGGGAUUUUAAAGAAAUAGUCUCAAUGAGGGAGAAACAGGGAGGAGCACAAAGGUCCCAAAAUCAAAUGGAUGGCUUCAGAAAUGUGAUUAAUCUAUGCAACUUUAUGGACAUGGGCUACAAUGGUUCUGACUUCACAUGGUGUAACAUGAGAGAGGGGGCUGACAGGAUUUAUAUGUGUCUUGAUAGGGCGCUUGCAACGGAUGAUUGGAGAAGCCAUUUCCAAAAUACAAGAGUCCACCACCUCAUCGACUCCAUCUCUGAUCACUGUGCCUUGCUUAUUUCUAAUAAGGUGGUGGUGCAGCCUCAACAGAGACGUCGUUUCCACUUUGAGGCGAUGUGGACACACAAAGAGGAAUGUAAGGAAGUUAUUCGAGAUGCUUGGAAUGCCUGUCUUGACACAAGCACUCCAGAGGGGCUUGCCCUUAGCCUUAGGAAGUGUGCAAACCAAAGGUCAAGAGUUCAAUGGCUAAAGGAAGGGGAUCGCAACACAAAAUUCUUCCACUUUAGAGCAUCUGAAAGGAAGAAGAAAAAUACUAUAUUAGGACUCUGGGAUGAUAAUGGAACUUGGUAUGAUACAAAUGAUACUAUUGCUGAAGUUGCUGUUCGAUAUUUUAGAAAUAUAUAUACAUCAUCACAGCCAGCUAGCUUUGAUGAUGUUACAGCAGCAAUACCAACUCGAGUUACCGAUGAAAUGAACAGAGGGCUGAUCAAGGAGUUCUCCAAAGAUGAAAUUCUCAUAGCCCUCAAGCAAAUGCACCCAACUAAGGCUCCUGGACCCGAUGGUAUGUCAGCAAUUUUCUUUCAUAAAUAUUGGGAUAUAGUAGGCAAUAGUGUCACUAACAUGGUCCUAAAUGUGCUUAAUUCUAAUAUGCCUAUUGUUGAGCUUAAUAAAACUAAUAUUGCUCUUAUCCCAAAGAAAAAAUCUCCAACUCAAAUGGCUGACUUCAGACCGAUCAGCUUAAGUAACGUUGCCUAUAAAAUCAUUGCUAAAGUCCUUUCCAAUAGGCUCAAGAUUGUUCUUCCUCAGAUUAUUACUGAAAAUCAGAGUGCUUUCCUUACUGAGUGCCUCAUUAUUGACAACAUUUUGGUGGCUUAUGAAAUAAUGCAUUACCUCAACAACAAGCGAGAGGGGAAGGGGAGUUUUAUGGCUAUAAAAUUGGAUAUGAGCAAAGCUUUUGACCGUGUCGAAUGGGGGUUCAUUGAAGCGGCCACUCGAAAUAGGGAGUUAAAUGGUAUUUCUAUCAGUCGAGGGUGUCCCCCAGUGAGCCACUUGUUCAUUGCCAAUGAUAGUUUGCUCUUUUGCCGUGCAAACAGCCAAAAAUGCCACAAGCUCAUUGAGAUUCUUGCCAUGUAUGAAGCCGCAUCGGGUCAAAAAAUAAACAUGGAUAAAUCAUCCAUGUUUUUCAGCCACAGUGCAACUCAAGAAACAAAGGGGGUGGUCCUUGACAUUCUCGGCCUAAUGCAAGACUCUAGGCACUCCAAGUACCUUGCUCUCCCAUCCAUCAUUGGAAAGUCUAAGAAUGAGGUCUUUGCGGAAGUAAAAGAGAAGGUGGGACGAAAGCUUUUGGGGUGGAAGGAAAAAUUGCUCUCUAUGGGUGGUAAAGAAAUUCUUAUCAAAGCAGUUGCUCAAGCUAUGCCCACAUACACUAUGAGUUGUUUUCUUCUUCCAAAAGGCCUAUGUGAUGAUCUUGAAAGCAUGGAACAUAACUUUUGGUGGGGGCAGCGGCAACAAGAGAAAAAAUUGCUUGGGUUGCUUGGAAAAAAAUGUGCAAGUCCAAAGCUCAAGGGGGCAAUCAGCCUGCCCUACUGCAUUGAUGACUUCCCCAUGGUUUCUGCCCUUAUAGAUCAUGAUACAAAGCGUUGGAAAGCUGGCCUUGUUAAGAAAACUUUCCUCCCUUUUGAAGCGGACACCAUCCUCAACAUUCCCCUUAGCUAUUCCCUCCCGGAUGACAAGCUUAUAUGGUUGGGAAACAAGAGGGGAGAAUUCACGGUUAGGAGUGCAGAUUAUGUGGCCCUCCCGUUGGUUGAGACAAGCAAUGAGGGUGAAUCAUCAGCUGGUGACCCCCGGUCUCUACUAUGGAAGAAGGUGUGGCAUCUCAACCUUCCUAAAAAGAUUAGAAUUUUUGCUUGGCGGGCAUAUAUGAAUGCCCUUCCUACGAUGCAGAACCUAAGGGUUGGCAGACCUGCUAUUUUGGAUGGUGGGGCUUUGGAUGUAAUUGAGGUGGCUCUCCAAGUAAUUAGAAAUGGCACUCAAAAGGACUUAGAGACGCUUUUUGUCACUGCUUGGUACAUCUGGUUCAACCGUAAUCAGGUGGUGCAUGAAUCCUUCUCCAAUCCUCCUGGUUAG